GUUUUUUCACCAGGGCGUCUAGGUUAAACGUCAUAACAAAGCGAGCUAUGUUUUGAAUGCCGGACGCAAGAUUUUAAUACAGUCGCGAAUUAAAUUUCCACCGCCAAAGUACGUGCCCUAGCCGCGCAGUAAACCCAUCACUCACAGAGAAAUAUGUCUGACUCAGAUACAACCGAUUCUGAUUGUGGUGUCCGGUACAAAACGACCACCACCCGACACAAACACACGGCAUCAUCGGCCCCAUCAUCUUCUUCGAGAAACCGUCCAGAGCGAUCAUCUUCGUACCGUGAAGAUCAUCAUCACAGCUCAUCGCGACACUCCGAUCGGCGCAGGUAUCGAAGAAGCCGCAGCAAAAGCCCCGAUCGCAAACGGCAUCGUCGAAGAAGCUCCCGCUCGCCGGAUUCUCCCACACGCUCCCGGUCGCAUCGGGAUUACGGACCACGAUCUUCGAAAAACGAACCAUCUCCACGAAAAGAGCCGUCCGCUGAAAAGGUGCUUGAUAUUUCCGUGUCUUCCGUUUCUUCGCAAGAUGAUCAACCAGACCACCAGCAGCAGCAGCAGCAGACCGUCGAGAACAAUCAUGCGGACGAAUGUUUUGGACCUGCAUUGCCACCCGCUGUGCCAAAAUCCUCCACCGACACAACUCAAGAUGAGAUCAUUGGACCAGCAUUGCCACCACACCUGCAGAACCGCAAAUCGACCCAGCGGGAUGAAUCGGGCGAACCUGCACCUCGUAGCAUUGGGCCUGCUCUGCCUCCUGGGUUCGUUGCUUCACCGGUGUCCGAGCACGAGCACAUUUCGUCCGAGUCGGAGCUUUCUCCAUUUUCCGAACCGGAAGACGAAGAAGAAGAGGAUCACGAUAGCGAAGGGUUUAUUGGACCGCUGCCAGGCACAUCAUCUAGCUCACGCGUCAACGUGGAGCUGGAGCAACGCGCUCUGGAACUUAAGAUACGGCAAAUGGAAGAAGCAACGGCCUGCGCUAACGGUGGAAGCUCUUCCACCGUACCGAAGUCCCGUGAAGACUGGAUGCUGGAACUGCCGGAUAUACGCAAAAUCAGUGAUAUGGGACUCGGGGCCAGACAGUUCCGUACACGGGAAAAGCCCGAAAUAGGCGAUCGCUCGGUUUGGACGGAUACGCCGGCCGAUCGGGAGCGUAAAAAGAAAACGAGCGGUACGGAACGCUCUGCAAAGCACAGUGAUGCUGCGACGGAACGGGAACGUGAGCGGGAACGAUCGCUGAUUGCCAAGCGGGACAAGGAGCAGGAAAAGAUGGUGAAACAGCAUAAAAAGAAACAUAAACGCGACAAAACGUUGCUGGAAAUACAUCAAACCAAGCUGAAAGAGGACAAGAAAGCGUCCGGUGAUAGUUCCGAACCAACCAGAAGACCGUUCGAUCGGAACGUAGAUCUGCAUGCAAACCGCUUUGACGACGCACAAAAGAAGGCCAUCAUGAAGAAGGCACAACUGCUUAAUUCAAGAUUUUCCAGCGGCAGCUCGAAAUAUUUGUAAAAAGCUCGACGCGUAGUGAUAGCGCGUUACGGAUGUAUGUGCACGGGGCGGAAUCUUUUGUACGUUUUACUUUACCGAACAUUAUGAACAUUAUUUAAGGUCAACAAAUGUAAGGAUCUAUGACUUCAGUA